AACAAACAACAACAACUCUGACGGUUAAACUAUACUAUUUUUACUUUGUUGUUUUAUGUAACCCAUCUGCUUUCGUAAGUGUGUUGUCACCUAGUGUCGUCUGCACUUGUUUAAGUUGUAACUUGUCACAAUGGAUGCGGUAACGCUUAAUGAGAAGAAAAGAGAAAAAAGGAAAUUGAAUUGGACAAAAAUAGAAACGGAGGUGUUAGCAGCUGCUUACAUCGAGCAGCAUGCGUUGAUAAACGGCAAUUUUUCAUCGACGUUGUCUGGAAAAGAUAAGGAUCUUGCGUGGGAAAAAAUUGCAGAACAAAUAAACGCACUGGGAGCAGAAGAAAGAACAGUGGAAGAGAUCCGGAAAAAGAUUUCCGACACGAAAACAAAACUGAGAAAGAAAGAAAGACAACGGCGCCUAUCAAUGAAACAAACUGGAGGGGGGCCAGCAAUCACACUGGAGAAGUGGGAGGAGAAAAUGAUAGAGGUUAUUGGCGAAGAGUCGAUUGUGGGGUUCGGUGGUGUGGACACGUUUGCUGUGCAACGAACACAACAGCCGAUGAUUGCAGAGCAACAUGGUCAAUCAUGCAGUACGAUGUGUGUGGAGCCCACUGUAGCUUUAGAACCCCAGGUGGUAGGAGGAGUCGCAACUCCAAACCAAAAAACAAAAAUGUAUGUGCAGUGCGUUAUAACAAAUUCUUUUUAUUUCAUCUAUUUGUUAACAACAGUGUGUAUUCAGCAAAGCAUCUAAAACAUAUAAAUAAUGUGACAAAACACUACUAAAAUAUGCUAUUAGUAUAAAUACGAUACAUUCAGUAAUGUUAAACUGAAACAAGAUAACCAAUUAAUUUGGAAAACAUUUCAACAGUAUAAUACAUAUUAUUAAUAUCCACACAAUCCCUGUAAUAAAAAUGUAAUUAUUGCCAAUCAACAUAAGGUGUGUUUUAUGCCCUACUUCGAAGACGAGGGGGUAUAUUGUUUUGCACAUGUUCCGUCGGACCGUCCGUCCACCAAGUGGUUUCCGGAUGAUAACUCAAGAACGCUUACGCCUAGGAUCAUGAAACUUCAUAGGUACAUUGAUCAUGAUUGGCAGAUGACCCAUAUUGAUUUUCAGGUCACUAGGUCAAAGUUCAAGGUCACAGUGACUUAAAGCAGUAAAUGGUUUCCGGAUGAUAACUGAAGAACGCUUAAGCCUGGGAUCAGGAAAGUUCAUAGGGACAUUGGUCAUGACUGACAGAUGACCCCUAUUGAUUUUCAGUACUCUAGGUCAAAGGUCAAGGUCACAGUGACUUGAAACAGUAAAAUGGUUUCCGGAUGAUAACUCACGAAUGCUAAGGGUUAGGAUCAGGAAAGUUCAUGGUGACGUUGGUCAUGACCGACAGAUGACCCCUAUUGAUUUUCAGGACUCUAGGUCAAAGUUCAAGGUCACAGUGACCUGAAACAACUACAAUUGACAGUCCAUUUUGGGGGCAUGUGUGUUUUACAAACAGCCCUUGUUUUAUUCCAAUUAUUAUAACAAUCGUCUAACAAAUUAUUUCAAUGUAUGUUAAUUUGAAU